AUGAAUUUGGAUCCCUUUCAACAUGAUAGAAAGAAUAAGCUUUCCCCUCUAACGUCUACUCAACCGCACGACAGCCUUCUUCGACUACAACGAGACAAAUACCGACAGGAGGUUGCCGAACUCAGAACUCAGCUUGUGAAACUACAGGCGCAGGUUGACGAGUCGGAAUGCACGAUUGGAGAUCUCCGCCGUCUCUUGGCUGAAGCGCACAAUGAUGCUGUGAUUGACCUGACAGCGGAGAAGCCGAUUACUGACUCGGAGGCCAAGCGAGAGAAGCCCAGACAUAAACGAAAAAAUCACAAAGUUGAAGAAAUCCAAAUCGUAAAACCUGAUGAUUCGAAACCAUCCCCCUCGUCUAUCAAAUCCAACUCCAUUCCCAUCAUUCAUAGCAAAGUCACAGUUGUGAUGGACGAAUCCUCUGCUUUACCUUCAGCUGUUAGUAGCCCUGAAAUACGCAUUCAGUCUGUCAAGGAAAUACCCUCACAUAAAAGGUCUUUUGACCCCGAAAACGAUCUAGCCGUGGCCAGUCCGAACACGGGAGGGAAUGAAAAGAGGCGGAAGCUGGAACAGAUGAAUCCACGAGCCUCGACCUCGGCCCACCUCCCGGAAACGGCGUCUCCUGUAUCCUCCUCUUUGAAUACACGCCCGGAAUUAGACGCCGUUGCAACCACCGGGUCGCAAUUCGGUGAGGUGCAACCUACUCCUCCUAUUGAUAAUAUACUCCAUCAGGACGACGAUCCUCAUCUGAAGAUCAAGAUCAAGGAUGAAGCAUUCACUCUUCCCCUUUCAAUCAUAUCAUCAUAUCUGAAAGACUGCGCUCCUCUCGCAAUCUCAUCUCCAGAAACGUCAUCUGUCCCUCGUAGAUUGAUCUCACUCGCAUACGGCGGUAAUGGCCAACAACUCCUACAAUAUAUCAGAGCCCCGCUUAAUCCAUCCGGGCCUAAGAAGCGGCGUAUGGUUUUUCCAAUGCUCAACAUGAAUCCAGCGAUGCCGACACGUCCUGGUGAACCUGGGCUACUAUUCGCUUCGAGACACGAAAUACUAUAUAACGCGCCAUGGUCUCUUUUCUGUCGAAGCAUGGUGGGCAAGGAACCGAGAUGGCGCUACCUCGGCGAAUUUAACAGUGUUCUUUGUGGGAAGAUGACGACGGAGCAGUUUAGGGCGCAAAAACAAGCGGUCAAAGACAACUGGGGAAAGCUUAUUCUCAAGUCACUACGAUACGAUGUUUACGUGUCUAUGCUAGCUCGAAUAGCUUUAAAGAAGUAUGGUCUGGUUGACGAACCAAAUGAAAAUGCGCUUGAAAUCGCGGAAAUGGCUGCAAUCAGGAGCAAGACAGGUCGUCAUGUAACCGUUCAGGAUAUAACCGGAGCGUUUUCUCGUGGAGAUGAGGCGAUCGAUAUUCUUCGCAUGGAGUGCGUCUCUUAUGACCAUGUAUUUGCAGCGGAUAUUGCGACUAGGCUCCGUGGAUACGACAAGCUCUUGGCCGGGGCCCAAACUGCGAGCAGAGGAAAAGGUGGAAGAGGGGGUCAGAAACCGAAUAAAGCCGCAAGGGAGAGGAGCUUCAGUGUUUCAAAAAUGCGUGGAGAUUUGAUGCUCUUAUCAUCAGAUUCGGAAUUGACAGACUACGAUUACGACUCCGAGGACUAA